AGUCAUUCAUUUGUUAAUGGAGCAUUUAAUAGCUCUUGUCUCACUGGCCACCUGAAUAAUGCGUUUGGGUAAUGUUUAACUUCUGGAGACGUUCCUUGUGUUAUUAGUUCAGCCACAGGUGUGAACUGCCCGUCACUUUUAAGAAGAAGGGGAAGUUGGUGGCUGUGAGGAAAAUCAACCCUGGUCCUGAAGUUACCAUGGCAAGCAUGGCAGUGCAGUUACUGGGCUUUUUCACCUGCCUUAUUGGUUUUAUAGGAACCAUCAUUUCCACAGUGCUUCCUCACUGGUGGCGGACGGCACACGUUGGCACCAACAUCAUCACGGCUGUGGAAUACAUGAAGGGCCUUUGGAUGGAAUGCGUUUGGCACAGUACAGGGAUUUACCAGUGCCAGGUCCACCAGUCUCAGCUGGCCCUUCCUCGAGAUCUUCAGAUUGCCAGGGGUAUGAUGGUCACGGCUUGUGUCUUUUCACUACUGGCCUGUGUGGUCUCUGUAUUUGGCAUGAAGUGCACUCAAUGUGCCAAAGGAUCGUCUGCCAAGAAGAUGAUCUCGGUCCUUGGUGGAGUCUUCUUCCUCCUGGCUGGCUUCACAUGCCUGAUUCCGGUGGCCUGGUGUACCAAUGACGUUGUCAAUGACUUUUACAACCCAGCUCUUCCCUAUGGUAUGAAGUUUGAGAUCGGACAAGCUCUUUAUGUUGGUUUUAUCUCAGCGGGUUUGACUAUCAUUGGAGGAAUCAUGCUCUUGUUUACGUCUUGUCAAAAGUCUGUUGUGCAAGUGCCAUAUCUCCAUCCAUCGCAUCACCUACAGAGGGCACCAAUGAGCAAGCCAGCACCGGUCCACAAAAGCAGCCAUACCCCGUCCUGGUCCUCUGCCUCGCGUCAUGGCUACCAAAUCAAUGACUUUGUCUGAGUGGCCAAAACUCCCUUAGCUCCCCUCAAAUGAGCACAGACUAUUAUAUUCUUUAUUUAAGACUAUAUAAUGUUUACUGUAUUGCUGGGGAAGUAGAGAGUAAGAGAGACUUGUAAAUAUGUAACUUUGUACGUUUCAUGUCUUUUUUAUUUUUUAUACAGUGAUGUACAUAGGACAGAAUGAUGUUCAUUGAUGGCAUAUCUUGAUCUGCUAUGUG